AUGCCACUGAAGAUAACGGGAUUCCUGUUUUGCAUAGUUUUAAACAUUUGCAGUGUGAAUCCUUUGCCCAUUUUUGAUUGUCCAUCUGAGUGGAUUGAGUAUGCUGAUCAUUGCUACAAGUUUGUGUUUCAUCCAAAGCGCUCAUAUCUAGGAGCUCAAGAAUUCUGCAAGGAAAAUGGAGCUGAAGUUUUGGGUGUGGAAAGUUUUGCUGAACACAUGUUUGUUCAUGGCUGGUUACUUAACUUUGACAUGGAGAGAAACAGUUGGUACACCAGUGGAGUUGCUUCCCUUGAGCAAGAUAAUUUCCUGAACUUGGACAAUUUAGACAUCCAGUUGAGUGGAAAUAUACAAUGGACUACAUACUCGGAUCACAAUAACCAUGGAUUGCAUAUCAUCUACAAAUAUUCUGACGGACAGUACAGCUGGAGUAAGGGAGAUGGCAGUAACUUGAUGAGCUACAUUUGUGAAAUUCCAAAGAAUGAAGUCUACAGAAUACUACAAGAUUCAAGAGACUUCACAUAUGGAACAGACUUUCCAGAUGAGGAGUCGGCACCCAAGGGUCCAACGUUCUAUUUACUCCCCUCAGACACUGAAAUUCUAGGAUCCACCUCAGAAGUCUACCUAGAAUGUGCUGCUACUGGGCUCCCACAGCCCAUGUAUCGGUGGACUGUUAUGCGGGACAGUGGGCAGGCCCAGUCCUUGGUGGGCCCACGGUACACAGUGACCAAUGGCCGGGUCAGCAUCGACAACCCACAGGUGACAGUGGACGGAGGAAAGUAUCAAUGUAUGGCUCAGAAUAAGUUUGGAGUUAUUCUUACCCCACCUGUAGUGCUGGCUUUUGCAGAUUUAGGAGAAUUUUCCAAUGUUGAUACGGCCCCUGUUCGUCCUUCUGAAUACCAGGGAACAUCCAUACAGUGUCCAAAGAUAUCCUCCACUUCCAGUCUACCUAUAAGUUAUAACUGGAUAAAGGACCAGACAAAGCCAGUAAAUUCUCAGUUGACUCCCUACGUGUUUAUCUCAGGGGACGGACAGCUUUAUUUCUCGGAGGUGACACGGGGAGAUAAUGGGGUGUACUACUGCAUGGCUACCCUGACAAAUCCCACCAACAGAGAUAACUACAUGGGGUCCUUCCAGUCUCCCAGUCGUAUCAGUACGGGGAUUCCGUUAGAAGUCCUAGGCUCUCCUUCGGGAAUAUUGAGUGUUCAGAUCCCAGACAGUUUUGUGCAAGUGUUUCCAAGGCAACCAGUAGUAGGAAGUGAUGUCAAGUUGGAAUGUUUUGCAUAUGGAAGUGGCCCUUUAGUGUAUCAGUGGACCGUCCCCUCUGUGAGAGACCAGCGGACCAGAUUCAAGUACCUGGACAGUAACCGAGUACUGACCAUUGCGGAGGUCACUCUUCAGGACACGGGGGUCUACUCCUGUAUCUGUAGCAGCAGGCGGUCAGGCACCAGGGACCAAAAGGAUUUCCAACUCUACAUAGAGUCAAAGCCCCUGUUUUCCGUAGGACUGAGUGACCAGCACGCUGACAAGGGGGCAGAGCUGACCUGGAGGUGUCAGGCUUACGGGAUUCCACGGCCCACGUACACCUGGUACAGGAACGGUCAGCUGUUGUCCAGUACCAUGGAAAUGACCAUCACGGGGAACGUCCUGGUCAUCCAUAGUCUGAAGGGGGACCAGGAGGGGAUGUAUCAGUGUAUGGCCAGUAACACCCACGGAGUGUCCACAAGUAGUGGCCAGCUCAGGGUUCUCUCUAUUCCACCAACAUUCAAAAAACACCCCUUACAAUCCACCACCCUUGGAUCAUUGGGAGGAUCCGUGACUAUUCUGUGUCACCCAGAAGCUGCCCCCCGCCCUAACAUCACCUGGCUGUACAACGGAGAGGUCAUUCCUCUCCCACAGGAAGGGACCCCCUCUCACCUUGAGCCACUGACCAGUGGUCAUCUACGGAUUGUCAAUGUGAGUUACACAGACCAGGGAGGCUACACUUGUAAAGCCGUUAAUAUUCAUGGGUCUGCACAGAGCUUUACUCAGCUGAAAGUGUUGGACAGGACAUUGAUUGUGGGGCGGCCGGUAGACACCACUGUAGUGGUCAAUAGUACGGCCGUACUUCUCUGUCGGGCCUCCUACAGCGCUAGUCUGGACCUCGUGUACGUCUGGUCAUUCAAUGACCGGAAGAUUGACUUCCACCAGGAUACACACUAUAACAUGAGAAGUCCUUACACAGGAGAUCUGUACGUUGUGGGGGCACAGUUAAGUCACGCUGGUGUGUACAAAUGUACGGCCACUACACAGCUGGACUCUGACACCUCAUCAGCUACUCUUACUGUUCUGGGACCCCCUGGUGAGCCUGUGGGAGUCCAUGUUAUCAAGGGACAUAACUCUGUUGAUCCUUAUGGACUACAGUUGGCAUGGCAAGAUGGGGCCACCAAUGGGAGACCUAUACAAGCUUACGUGAUCUCAGCCAAGUCCAAUCAUUCCAACAGUAAAUGGAACAUCAUUAUGAAUGCACCUAUCAGUUCAGUGGUGGUAAAAGAUGAAUUAAGGUCGGUCAGCAUAAAACACUUAAAUCCUGGAUCCUCCUAUCGCUUCAGAGUCUCAGCCAUCAAUCAGUUUGGAGAGGGAUCAGCCAGUACCACCUCAGAUGAGUACCCUAUUCCUGGUUCUGCACCAUUUAAAGCUCCAGCAAACAUCAGAAGAGGAAAAGGAAAAGUUGGCACUUUACAUAUAAUAUGGGAACCCCUUCCCCCUGAGGACCGGAAUGGUUGGGGUAUUGGUUAUAUUGUAGAAUGGAGGCUUCCUAGACAGGACAUUCGGACAGAGAACGCUUGGGAAAAGAAAAUCCUGCCAGAUAACAGGAGUGAGUUUGUGACAACCAUUGCUGGGACAGAUCAGUACUACAUUCAGUAUGAAGUGAGAGUGACGGCCUAUAACAUGUUUGGUGUGGGGAGACCCUCCCCAGUACAGUACAUACACUCCGCUGAUGACAUUCCUGUGGCGGUGCCUGGUUUGGUGUGGGUGGAGGCCUAUAACAGUACAGCCCUGACAGUACACUGGGACCAGGUCCCUGACAACAGAGAGAGCAUGAAAGGGAGGCUCAGGGGAUACAAGGUGAAUUACUGGCGACGAUACGGAGAGGACGAGAACCAGGCAAUCCAGGCCAGUUUUAGUGGACAGGCUGACCACGCUCUUAUUAUUGGCUUACUGCCAGAUACCUGGUACUACGUUACUGUACAGGUGUAUAAUGAUGCUGGAGAUGGACAGAAAAGUGAGAAUUACCCUCAGAGAACAUUUAGAAGAGCACCCCAUAUGUACCCCACAGAAGUUUACGUCCACUCGUACAGUUCAGACUCUGUCAAGGUCACAUUUAGGGGCGUGUCAACUGAAGUGGAGGAGGAACCAUUAAGAGGAUACAAGAUCCGUGUUUGGGAGAUGUCAGAUGAUGUACGACAGGCUUACGACAUUGAUGUUGGUCGGACAGUACAGGGCAUAGUGACUGGGAUCAAGAAACACUCGGUGUACAAACUAAGGGUCCUGGGGUACAGCAGGGGAGGAGACGGCACCAUGAGCUCCCCACCCACCUACUUCACUCUGGGUGGCUACAUCUUCUUUGAUAGUACCAGUACUGUAGUACUACCAGCCAGAAGUUGUGGGAGUACUUUGUUCUCAAUCUCAGUCACUUCACAAUCAGUACUACUCGGAAUGGUAAUAACAGUGCUACUCAGAUUGAGUGAACUUUUCCAGAAAUCUUUGUAAAUUAAAUACAGAUUAUAUGGACUAAUAAAUUCAAGAGGGAAGUUUUCAAAAUGUAACCCUAUUUAUAUAUAUUUUCAGUUUUAUGAGUUAUAUUUCCGUAUAUUUAUAUGUCUUUCAUACAUACAAUUAUUUUUUGUAA